GUACAUUCGAAACUAUUAUGUUAGUUUGAUGUGUGCGUUACAGCUCGGGAUUUUGACAGAACUUGAGAAGAGCGCAGAAGGGAUAGCAAAUAAUUUAGAAUCAUUGUUUCGUUCAUUAACGUCUACAUUAAACCAGAUGUCAAGUCUUACCUUGGACUGUACAACUGUAUUUUCAGAUUCCGUGGAUUACGCUUGUGAAACUAUUGGUGCAUGUAUAAAGUCCACUUAUGUUUUGAUGGCCAAGUGCGAAGAAUUAUCCAAAUCUAUGUCUCAGCUGGAACCGUUAAAAAAAGAAAUGUGAGUUCCCUAUAUCUUUCUUCAGAUUGCCUUAAACAUGUGUACAUAUAUCACUAAUAACUCUUGUCACUCCGAUUAUUCAGUCAUCAUUUAUAAAGAGUGGAUAUACUAUGAUGAUUCAAUCGGGCGAGCCUGGAAUACUCUGUUCUUGAAUAUCCUAUGAAAAUUAUUAAACUGCUAAAUUUCGGUGAGCACUUAGCUGUACUGAGUCUCUUCACUAAGUGCCCAAAGUAUAGUACAAACCUCACAGAAGCAAAAACCACUUUGAAUUUCAUUUUUCAUUUCACGCUGACCAAACGUUAUCCUAAACAGGUUUGCAAAUCACUCUAGCGAUACAAAGUCGAACCUAAUGUCAAGUCACUGAAAAGAUAUGCUGUGAACAAAAUCAAAAUACUUCAAGUACAUAUCACUAAAUUAGAUUAUAUGCUAUUGACAAUGUUCUUAGAAAUCUUGAGGAUCAAGUUGUGACAUAUGCUUCAGAAGUACAGCAAACAAGAAGGAACAAAAAUUCAAUGCUUUCAAAGGAUUAGUUUAAAAAUCUGCUAAUCCAGACACAAGACUUGGUAGCUCCAAGUAAGCUCAAAAUAGAAGAAUUUAAGAUGACAUUAAUUGACUACUGUAACCAAUUUAGAAGCAGCAAACACAACAUAAAGAAGACAUUGACUAGGAAACCUCGAGAAGCCACCCAGAAAACAGAUCGAGUAAAAAUUUAAUAAUAAUGAAACUAGAUAAAGGAUCAGGUGUCGCAAUUUUAAACAAGGCUGAUUCUAUAUAUAAAUUGGUCUUCUGUUUGAUGAUCAAACUAAAUGUCAUAGACUAGGAUUACGUAAAGGCCUGGCAGAAAAGAUGGAACAUCAACCAACUUCAUCGUUAAAAUCUGUAGAACAACAACAAUUUAUUUCUCAUUCUACUUUUGACAUGCUUAAAUGUUCAGAAGCACGCACUCCACACCUUUUUGACCUAUUUACAGUGUAAGAGCAAUAAGCUCAAUUACGUCUGAAUUUAUCAAACACACCGUACCACUCAACAGCAAAGUGGCUUGUGAAAUUAUUAAGACCACUACAUCGAAAGUCAGUGAGACGCAAUGUAAAAGAAGUAUUUGGAUUUGGAAAUGUAACAACAAAUAUUAAUCUAACGAAAAUAGCCACGUCAUCUUUGGAUAUAAUGUUUUUAUUUAUUGGUAUUUCACUGACUAAAACUAUUGAAUAUAUUUGCAAACAACUUGUAGAGAAGAACGGUGUUACUUAUGCUAAUAGAUGAAGUGAAGAGACUUUUAUUGAAUUUGAUAAUGAGCACCCACUUCUUGCACAAAAACAAACGUUAUCGACAAAUAGAUGAAGUAGCAGUGAGAUCUCCCCUUGGUCCCAUUUUCACCAAUAUAUUUUUAGCUUAAGUGCAAAACGGCGUAUUAUGUGAUACUCCUAGUAAACCAAAAUACCACUGCCUUUAUGUAGGUGAUGUACCAAACAUCUUCAUCUACACGGUCAAUAUACGAGGACUCUAAGAAACAUUUGAUAAUGCACGUCCAACGACUAGUCCCACAUGUGCUUUCUUCUCUAAAAGGUAGGAUGGUUCGACAUAAAGAAAUGUAUUUAGAAAAAACUUGCACUAUGUUCACUUACAUAGAAUCACAUCCAUCCAACACAAAUUAAUCUAAUUAAGUGUUCGAGUUACGGAAAAAAGUGCUAAAUAGUGUUCGCAGGGGAAAAGGGUGUUGAAUAAUUCUUAUUGGUGAAUCUUAUCAGGUGAUAUCGAUGACCGUGGUUCUCAUUCAUUACAAGUUCCUAGUACGAAAAUGAAUUAAAUUGGAUUUUUCAUCAGACAGCCUUUCUGAAUUUUACAAGAGACCUACUAACUUCAAAGCAAAUUAUUUUCUAAUCCAAAAACUUGCCAGUCCAAAUAUCCUUUGCCGAUACUAUAACCAAAUAUGAAAUGUUUUGGCAAAUAUCCUAUUUGUGUAAUAUGUUAUUUUGUCUUUCUCUCCUUAUCUUAGAGAAGGUUUGAAACGAACUCUAAGUAAAUUUGAGGAGGCAUUAAGUACACCAUUGAAGUAGUUAAACAGUGAAACUUAUCCUAGGAGAUACUUUUCCAUCUUUGUUUUGUAAAAUUGUGGAACAUCAUUAUUUCUUCAUGUACAUAACGUGUAUAGCACCUCGCUUUAUUAAUACAUUCCUACUUACCGCAGUUAUUUUGUUUGAAUAAUAUGUAUUUGUUGUUAUUACUAUGUUUUUGAUUAUUAAAUAUUGUUAUUUUUAACCCCAGUCUAAUUAAAGUCACCAUACUUGACUUAAAAAACUGGCAAAAACGAUCAAAAAACUAGUUCUUGUAUUGGGAAUUAAAGUUUCUGUUGAAUGCUUGGUGAAUAGCGUAACGUGAUAUGAAACUUGUUUCACUAUGAGUUGCUUUAAAGAUGUUGAAACACAAUGAUGCUUGUAGUAAUAUAGUGAACGAGAAUGCAAGCGAGGACAACCAAAUAUGUUUGAAUACAAAAUUACAGAACGUCUUAGUAAAAUCUGAGAACCAUACGGCGAAUGCUUCAUCUAGAAAAUGUUGAUCAAUUGCCUCGGAUUUGACUGACCCUUCGUUUCGAAACCAAGCACUCUCUGUUCUCGUUCUUUUCUUUUCGAUCUUAGCCUUCUGCCGCCAGGCAUUUCACUUUGAACUGAUGACUUAGACUACUUAUGUCUGUCGACAUCAGUACCACACACCACAGACUGAAUUCGAGUGACAAUUAGGUAUUCAAAUAAUUCCAAUCGGCUAAUCAAUUUUGUUG